GGAAGCUUGGGUCUCCCUGGGAGCGGGUCUGCCCUUGGGGGAGGCCUCUCGGCUUUGUGCCCUGCAGCUCGGCUGACACUCGGGGCGGACCGAAGAGGGGCUGGGCGCCCCCGGUGUGCACAUGUGCUAGCCCAGGCAGGAGGGAGCGCCUCCGCGGAGGAGUGCAGGAAGGGGGAAGGAGACGCGCGCCAGAAUCUCGGUCCCGGGCGCCCUGGUCGGCCGCGGAGGAGCUGCAGCCUCCAACAGGGAUCUGUGCAGCUCUGGCAUGCUACCUGCUCUGCUCAUUGACUGAAGGCCCCUACAUCUCAGCUCAGCCAAGAAGCAAAGGUUGACACAUAUCUCUGAGCCAGGCCUUGUCAGUAGCCCUGCAUGCAACCUUGGCUGCGGGCUAAGGCACGCUAACUAGAGCCGGCGUCAUGGACUUCGUCAUGAAGCAGGCCCUUGGAGGGGCCACCAAGGAUAUGGGGAAGAUGCUGGGGGGAGAGGAGGAGAAGGACCCAGACGCGCAGAAGAAGGAGGAGGAGCGACAGGAGGCGCUGCGGCAGCAGGAGGAAGAGCGUAAGGCCAAGCAUGCGCGCAUGGAGGCUGAGCGUGAGAAGGUCCGGCAGCAGAUCCGAGACAAGUAUGGGCUGAAGAAGAAGGAAGAGAAGGAGGCAGAGGAGAAGGCAGCCCUGGAGCAGCCCUGCGAGGGAAGCCUGACCCGGCCCAAGAAGGCUAUCCCUGCAGGCUGCGGGGAUGAGGAGGAGGAAGAGGAGGAGAGCAUCCUGGACACGGUGCUCAAAUACCUCCCCGGGCCACUGCAGGACAUGUUCAAGAAGUAACCGGCCCUUCUGCCCUGUUCCCACUCCACUUGUUACUUUUUUUUUUUUUUUUGGUUCUUUCUUUUCAUUCAGUUAAGUCUCAGUUCUGAAGGGGAAAACCUCAGUUGACCUCUGCCCCCCUUCCCUGGCCAGGACUCCUCCCCCUCAGCACUCCCUCACACCCCCUUCAUCCCAGGGUAUUCAGCCCCCACCUCACUUCCCAGUUGCUUGAAAAAGGGAAGACAGCUUCCCCCAGCAGGGGGCGUUGAAUCCAGUGCCAGAGGCACUGAGGGCCCCCUCCAGAAGCCUAAGGUCUAUGCUAGUGUGGUAACCCCCAUACAUUCCUUCAUGCACCCCACUGCCAGGAGGACCAUUGUCCCCAGCCAGCCAAAGUAAUGACACAUUCCAGCCCUGCCCAGCAUGCUGACCUUUGGCCUCUGACCCACAGUGGGCCUCUAGGUCAGGGUAGGGGCACUGAGUGGCCUGGUUCUAAGGAAGGGAGUCAGGGUAAGCCUGCCCUGUGAGGGCCCAGCCUGAGAGGCCCUGUUGUAUUCUGGCCAGGCCUAGGUCUGGGCAGGAGGCUGGGGCUCUCCUUCUUCCCUCCCCCUGAGAUGACACCACCCAGCCCGGGAGCACUCCUCUCCCAACCCCCACCUGAAGAGGCAUGGCCCCUGCCAAGCCAGUCCCUCCAAAUGGAUCCUCUUCAGACUUUAACUCAUCUGUGGAGAGCCCCCAGGGUAGAGCAGCCCCUUGUCUCCCCCCUCUCUGCUUGGGUCCUGGGGCCCCACUGCCAGGCUGGGCCCAGUUUGCCCAGCCAAGGGGCUUCCCAGGCCCCCCAGAAAACACUUGGAGCCAUUGGGCAGCGAUGGCCCAUGCCAUGGGACCUCACCAUUGGUACAGCCAAGCUGCCCCCAUUCCUAUCCACCCCACUUCCCCAACCCAUCCUGUUCAUGUGCUUCCAGGGCCCCAUGGUCCCCAGGAGGACCCUUCCUGGCCAAAGCCCCAAGCCUUUGGGGAGAAGCCAGUUCCCACUUGACAGAAGGCAUCUGUCCAUUCAUCUCAUUGGCCAAGAACAAACUCUCCUCUGGGAUGUGUGAAAAUGGCAUUUGUUCCCUCCACCCCAAACUGUCAAGGCCUCCUGCUCAGUCAGUUGUAUGAGAACCAGGGGGCCUUGGAGCAAAUGAGAGAGGAAAGUGUGCGUCCAUGCACACAUGCGUGUAUGUGGCAGAGACUGCAUCAGCAAUUGUGCAUCCAAAGAUUGUACAUAUGGGUGCAUUGUCAGUGUGUGUGUUGAGACUGUUUGUGUAUGCUAAUCAUACCCUUGUGUUAGAGAUUGUAUAUGUUAGGCAGCCUUGUGUAUGUGUGUUUGUUUGAGGGGGUAUGUAUGAAUUGAAAUUGUGUCAUAUCUGUUUUCUAGCCAUCUUAUAUGGGUGGUCAAGUUGGCAUGUGUUAGCCUGUAUCUGCAUGUGUUUUCAAAAUAGCAGGAGUGUCUGCAGCAAUGGGUAUGUGUUAGAAGUUGUACAGUGUGUGUUUGAGAGACUGCCAGAUGUGCUGAGAGUGUUGUGUGCAUGUGUGGCUCUGAAUAGGCACUUGUGUGCAGAAUGUGUGCUUCGGGAGAAAGAACAUAGGUAACAUACCCCCUUCUUGGCCUCCAAACCAUUGGCCAUGGGUGGCCACAUCCAACAGGAGACCUUGUCCUUGGCCUAGAGUCCUCCCGCCCUUGGAGGGUUCCUGCCUGAGGUCCUCAGAAGUCCACUGAGACUGACCCUGGCAGUGCCCCAAGAAGCCAUGCUGGGCCCUCAUCGGGGCCUACCCCAAAAGCAGGGCCCAGGGAGGGGGCGACUUGCCUGCCCCCGAAGCUCCUGCCUCAUUGACCCCAGUUUGCAUUCUGCAGGUUUUCCAUUUUAGUGGAUUUAUGCUUUUAUUUCAGAGACAGACAUGUGUCUUCUCUGUCCGUUUCCAAUAGUUAAAGCCAUAUCAGUUAGACUGCAAUACUUUAAAGAUGAGACAAAACAAUCCAUAUGUUUAGGGAACUAGAAAAAUCCCCUGGUCUGUCCCUUCUCUAGGGAGCAGGGCUCCAGCAGCUCUAGCUCCCUGGACUUGCCCUUCUCCCCCGCCCCCUCCCCCUCCCCUGUGCCCUUGUGUCCUGCCCCACCAAGGGGCCUGUGUCUGUGCCUGUGUCUGUGACGGGGAGCCACCUCGCACCCCUAUUGUCUGCUUGUCUGUGUCUCUAAUCCUGGGCAGGAUGGUCAUUCUCUAGAGCCCUGGGGUCCUGGGACAGAGAUAGGCAGGGCGCAGUCAAGGGGCCCCAGGUUUCCGCAGACCCAGUGUGUGAGCCCCAGCCAGACACAGAUGUAAAUCCCAAGUGUUUGAAAACAUCUCCCCCUUGACAGGGUCCCACAGAUCUCAAAGGUGGUGCCAGAGCACAGAAAAUGACAGAUGGGCAGCAGAGACUGAGGCCCAGGGAGCUUCAGAUGAGCAGGGGAACACAGCCAUGCAAGAUAUCCCAGGUAGACCUGAGGGACACCAGACCCUCAAAGAAUGUCCCUGGUGGUCUCCACAGCCCUUCUGCACCCCCAGCGGGCUCUGGAUUUUUCCCAUACGAGAGUACCCUCCAGGCUGGCUGGAUGAGUCUGGCAAACGUCCCAGACUCUUCCAGAAUCCUCAGGCCUACCCCUGAGCAGCAGAACUAGAGGUCAUCCUGGAGGCAGGAGCAGGGGAGAAUUUCGGCAUGGGGCAUACCUGGCUCCAACCACGGCCAGGUGACCAACUUCAGGUCCAGAGAGACAUGAUGACUGUCAUUCCCGAUGCAGACCUGUGGAAAGAAGCUAGUGUGUGACCCAGUGAAGAUGUUGUGUGCAACACACUCAGGUGGAGGGAGAGGGGGAACAAAAUACGUGUGGGGUGUGCUCUAGCAGGGAAGAGAUGUUUACGUGAUGUACCUGGGGUGGGAGGUGUGUGUGACCCACUGGAUGGGAGGGGGAUGAGUGUGUCACACCUAAAUGGAGCAGUGCAUGUGAUACACUUAGGAGGCUGGGGUAGGGAGGGAGCAGUCCCAGAAUUCAGUGCACACAUGCAACAUACCAGGGAGACAUUCUUCAGCUAGAGAAAUAAGAAGGAGCAAUCAUUUGUAUAUGGUGAGAACAAUGAGAUGCAAGGGAGUGGGCACCACCUGAUGUGGGCAUGCGUGGUUGCCAGGGAAGGCCACUGCCAGGCUUGCGUGCCUGGGAGCUCAUCCUCAAGAAAGGAGGGAGAAGCCUUCUCUGGAUCGCCCAUGCCGGUGCUGGCAGCGAGCCAGGAUUUCCACACAUGGACAUCCUCAGCUCCAGGUUCAGAAGCUCCAGGAAGUGGCAACACUGUGUGGGGUCUCCUCCAAAGGCAAGCAGGAAGUCAAGAGACCCUCUUAAGUAUCGGGGUGUGUGUGUGUGUGUGUGUGUGUGUGUGUGUGUGUGUGUGUGAGAGAGAGAGAGAGAGAGAGAGAGAGAGAGAGAGAGAGAGAGACAUGGAGACAAGACAGAAAGGGAGAGAGAGAGGGAGGGAGGGCACAGAGGGAAGAGAGACAGAGAAGGGGAGAGAUAGUGAACUGAAGUAUUUCAGCAGCCCAGGCCCCUCUCAGGUGGCCUGAUGAGGAAAGAAGCUACCCCCACCAGGCUAUGGCCAGAACCCCAGUCCUGAGAGUCCUGCCCCUAGAUGGCAGGGUUGCCCACCCCACCGCCCAACUGCUCCAUCCUUCGAGGGCCUCACAGGCCCUUGACUGGACAGGCAACUGGGGAUCAGAUGGCUCAGAUAAGGGUAUGCCUGAAGAUAUGCCUUCCCCCACAUGUCCCCUACUCCCCUCCCUGCUCCUGCUGCCCACCUUCUUCACUGGGGAGAGGUUGGAAGGUGCUCCCACUGGCCCUGGGAUGGGGGUGGGGGUCCUGAGACCCAGGUGAGGACGACCAUCCUGCUCUCGCGGGGGAAUCCCUUUCCCACAUCUGUGCUGUGUCCUUGUUGCUCUGCUUUCUUUAAAUGUGUCAGUGCCUGGGGGGAGGGGAGGGGCACCCCCUCAUGCCCCCUGAACCUGACCAAAAGCCAUGGCUGUUGCUCCCCCCUUUGUAUGACGCAGAUGCUAAGAUGUACCAAACCAACCAUGACAACAAAGAAAAGACCUUGUACAGCAA